AUGGUAACCGGUCUAAAAGCAGCUCUACCAGCAGAUGAAGUUGAUAUAAUAAUGAAACAACAAAACAAAGUAGCUUUUGACUCUUUUUACGCCAGUCUGCCAGACCUUCCAAGGUGCCUAGCUAAAAUUAGCAAGCCAAAAACAUUAGAAGAACUCUGGGAGGCUGUAUCAGAAGAGGGAUUCAGCAUAACAGUAUGGCGCCCUGGUCAAUCCGAUCGUCCAGAAAAUUCUCAGUACUCCCGUCGAGACCGUUAUCACGAUCGAGAGCGUUAUCACGAUCGUGAUCGUCAUCAUGAUCGAGACCGUUACCACGAUCAAGAGCGUUAUCACGAUCGGGAUUACUAUGGUAAAACCAGAGACGAUUACUCUAGGCCUCGACGCUAUUACGAGGAUGAAGGUAAUCGUCAAGAAACUCGAGGCCAAACGUUCUCCUAUUCAUCAAAGAAGACGAAAAAUUACGAUUCAGAAGAAGACCUUGAAUCGGAAUACUCAGACGGAGAGUCGAUACCAACCAAAUACGAAACUUACACUUAUUCAUCGAGUAAAGGGGGACGCGAACCUUAUCGGCCUAUUCGUGAACCAUCUCCCAGACCAACGUCUCGCUCACAAGAAAUUGCGAGAGGUAGAUCCCCUGUAAGUCUAAAGAAAAAGGUCGAAUUCGACCCUGAGCUCGAUGAGGAGAAAUUAGAACAUGCAAAAGACGAUUCUGCAUGUUGUAAUUGUCCAUUUUGUCUUCAUCAUCAAGCGAAAAGACGAGCUGCUAGACAAAUUGCAGAGCCGUCUUUAGAUGUGCGGGGCGCUCGUCAAAGCGAGACGAUGACGAGUGGAGCCCGAGAGUCUCGAAGAUCACCGCCCCGACCCGCACGCAACUCGCAAACAACAACAGCGAGAGAGUACAAACUCAUCCAGCGACCAAAUCCGUCACAUUAG